AUGAUCGCAGCCUGCUUGGUACAAUACCAUAUUAGAAUGUCCGGUCUACCGAAAGCUAAAUAUGAGAAACUCUCGGAAGAUUUAGAACUGGUUCCCCGCCAACGAUGUCCAUCGACUUGCAGCGUUCAAAGUUUUCUAGAAGAGUUAUCAAGCGAACAGACUUCAGGACAGCAGGAUAAUUUGAUCGUUAGUGACGACGCUGUGAGUUCACGUCAGAGGCAGGCAUUACAACUCGAAGGAGAUGAUAUGGCUGACGUUCCGAGAAAUUCAAUUGACAGAUUAUUUUCCUUAAAUUCUUCAUUAGAGAAUGAUUCUUCUGAACACAUUUCCGCCCAGUUUUACGAUGUAUUCCACCGGGUGAGUAGCUUGCACAGUGAAAGUUGGUUUACGGCAAGCUCACUUAUGGGGGAGAGCACCACCAACUCCACGGAUAUGCCACCAAAAAUCGAUCGAUGCAGCAGCCUCAGUGAUAGGAAACCGGAGGAAGAACAAACCGCAAGACCCGCUAACCUGAUGUCACCCUAUCCGGCAGAACAGCGGGCUUUGUCUCAGCGACGAAUUGCGGAGUUGCAUCGAAGGAUAACGGUUGCAGAUGCAGGAAAUAUGUCUUCUACGGAUGAGCUACAAUGGCCAACAAGGGCAAUACAGGAUCCGCUUGUACCCAGAAGACGACAGUGGCAACAUUCCGGGCGAGCAUACUCCACCGAAGGGUCGCUUGAUGAAAAAUUCUUGGAAAACUUAUCAAUACCGCCUCGAAUGUCUAGUCCUACCUCACCAGCGAAAUUACUUAGAAUGCGUUGGAAGAAGCUGUUUACUCCGAAGUGUAGCGAGCAUGAAACCAGUCUUCUACCUCAUUCCCCAAAUGGUCACCCAAGAUCUAGGAGAAGUGGCCAUUUAAAAACAACACCCAAUGCCACAAACCCCGAUGUGGAAAAACCGCAUGUGUCUUCACCCACGGAAGACUUUCCUGGUACGCCGCCUCUUCAUGGAGCACCUCAAUCCAGUCGAUCAACACGUUCUGGUCCCGUGUCUUCCGAAGCGUCCUAUUCCCUUCCUUACAAUAUCGAGGAUAAAUUGCAUUCCGAACAAGUAAACUGGGAAAAACGUGAGCGGCCUGUUGAAAGACUAAAAAUAUCGCAUUCUUGUGCACGCUUUGGAUCACCUUAUCGUACCCGACGAAAAUGGCGAACAAAUCGAACGAGCUUGCCUUCACCGGAUUACUUUGAUUCGAUUGAUCCUCGAUUGCAAUUUGUUGGAUCUGUGCCGGUCUAUCAGAGUGCGGAAUAUCGUCUAAAUCGACAACAAAGCGAUCCAACGGAGGAUGUAUCCGGCACAGAAUUCGGGCAAGCCACAGAGGAAACAGAUCGUCUGGGAAUUCCAGGAAUGUCGCAUGGGUACAAGACGUCGUUCGAACGCGAGGAAGAAGUUCCGGAAAAACUGAUCGAACGUGAAGCUCAUAUCGGAGCGUUUGCACUGGCAUGGGCCACAACCAACAGAAAGUCCAAACAACCUGUCAGUCGAACACCGUCUGUUGGUGUAUCAACGGAUCGACAAAUCGACUCGGCUCGUGCGAGUCAACUAAUAGCCGAGACGGUGGACCGUGGUUUCUUGGGCAAACCGAUUACCGGAACGAUUUCCAAUCAGAUACUUGGCACCAUACAAACUGGAAAGGAUAAAACGGACAGUGCUGAAACUCCGGGGCGAGCAAUUACAGACGCCGUGCAAAGACUGAGCAGAAAGACCGCACAAAUUUCUGCAGUUCCGGUCAACAUGAGUAUUCCCUGGGGUCACAAAUCUAAAGUAGACCACAGCAGAAGUCUUGAUAAGAGAACGGGCAACGGAAAAGAGAGAAAUGAGUCCAAAUCAAUGCCCGGCGUUUCGCUCCGUUCGGCAAUUCCCCGGUUUCGCUGGAAAUUCACUCCAGGAACUCGAAGUCCCUCAACCAAGCAUUUGACUAUUGAGCACAUAGAGGAUGAAGAAGCAAGCUCUCCAGCGGUAACACCGUCUUGCACUCGUACGCACUCCAGACGUGGUGCCCAGGACAUUCCCUUACUUCGCUCAACAGGGGGUCCAUUGAGUUUGGCCCAACAGCCUCUGAUACAAAAGACACAAGCGCACAACAUUGGCUGGCGGCUGAGUCAGCGUAAACUGUUGAAUGAGCAGCGACGAAAGUUGGCCGACUACUCGUUUGUUCUGGCCGUGAUCGGUAUCCUUUUGAUGGUAUUCAACCUGGAGUUUGUGAUCAAUAACGUGUACGAAAAGAAUUCAAUCUAUUGCCUGCUCAUGAAAGCACUCAUUAGUGCAUCAACGGUUGUGCUAGUCGGCCUUAUGAUUUUCUAUCACGUGAUUGAUAUUAAACUCUUUUCCGUGAACAACUGCAUCGAAGAUUGGCGGAUAGCAACCAACUGCAAAAAAAUUAGUUUCGUCCUUUUGGAAGUUAUUCUUUGCAUGAUUCAUCCACCACCAAUCAUAUCAAACUAUGACUGGCCUUUUCAAGAUACUCUUCCUCUACCGAACGCUAACAUUCCAGUACAACAUAGUUACAACUCCGACCCAACAACGACUUUAAACUCUUCCACAUUUGGAACGAUUUUGACAACAGUUCCCACUCCGUGCCCACACCCUCCCCCCACGUACUCAGAACACAUGCGGUUGGAACACGCUCUGUCCAUACCCAUGUUUUUUCGUCUGUUCCUCAUCUUCCGUGUUCUCCUUUUGCACUCUUCAUUUUUUACCGACGCUGGAUCGCGAAGUAUCGGGGCGCUGAACCGAGUCAAGAUUAACGUUCGUUUUGUGUUGAAGACAUUGGCCACCGCCCAACCCGGCACAAUGUUGCUCAUAUUUAUCAUGUUUAUGUGGAUUAUAACGAGCUGGAUAAUGCGAAUAUGUGAGAGGGAACAAAAUGUGGAAUACGAACGAAUGUUCAACACCAUGUGGUUGAUUGCUGUCACCUUUCUCAGUAUCGGGUACGGUGAUAUGGUCCCGCAUACCUACUGUGGACGGUCAAUAUCUGUGAUUGCCGGAGUGAUGGGUUCAGCCUGUACGGCUCUGGUUGUCGCCGUGGUGGCACGAAAACUUGAACUUUCACGCGCCGAAAAACAUGUGCACAACUUCAUGCAGGACAACAAAGUUUACAAGCAAUUAAGGCAUUCCGCGGCCAAUGUGCUCCGUGAAACGUGGCUAUUUUACAAACACACUCGUUUGGUCAAGCGCGUCAACGCGAGUCGCGUGAGGCGACAUCAACGGAAGUUCCUUGCGGCGAUAAAUCGCUUGCGAAAGGCGAAAGAUGACCAGAGAAAAUUGAAAGAGGAUGCCAAUUCCAUGGUAGAUCUUGCAAAGUUGCAAACUGGCAUUCACGAAGUGGUCACUUUCAUACGAAACGAUCAGGCAAUUUUUGUACAACGUCUUGUAUCGGUGGAAAAGUGCUUAACUCAACUUCAGGUUCAAUUAUCACAACUACCGGGUACCCUCACAGAACUACUCCAGUCUCCUAACCGGAUAACCACAGAAGCAGCACCCGCUCAAGAGAUUUCGGAAGAUGACUGCCCGACUAGUUUUAAUCCCGCCAAUCAGAGUACCCCAACUAGAUCUUUUCCCAAUUUGUAAACAACGACAGACACAGAGCUAACGUCAUUCUGUCACCUUUUGGUCUUUCAGCCGCUACAGACGAACUAACGAAAGAUAUUGC